ACGUGUCUCUGUUUCCCCCCCGCAGUGUGAACGCUCCUUCAGACUCAAACACAACAAACCCCGCCCCCUUCCGCCCCGCCCUUGAGACUCGGAACGAUCGAGCGAGUGUUUGAUUAACGAAAAAGAACGGCCGUCAUGGAGAACCCCACAGAGGAGCUGCAGGAGGAGGGCGGAGCCAGCAGCGAGGCCACCAUGGAGGAGGCGGAACAACAGGACCAGGCCGCGCACACCAACCCGAAAGCGAUCAAUGGAGCGCCUGACGGAGCAAAGGAGGCGGCGAGCGAAGGAGAAUCGCUUCAGAACGGAGAGCGAGGAGGAGGAGGAGGAGAUCUGUCCUCCAUCAAUGCCAUGAUGUCAGCUGUGAUGUCAGCAGCUGGGACCAUCAAUGGAGGAGGAGGUGAUGAAGGAGGCAGCGGCGUCACCUCGGCCAACUCCUCAGCUGGACCGUCUCCCAGCCCGUCGCCCAGCAAGUCCCUGACGGCCGCCAUGCGGGCGCCGCCCGGCCGCAACGCCCGCCGCAGCCAGGACUCUAAAGACGACGGCUCGGCCUUCAUCUGCCCGCUCUGUGACAAGAACUGCCAGACGCAGCACCAGCUCACCAUGCACAUCCGACAGCACAACGCGGACGCCGGCGCCACUGACCACUCCUGCAGCAUCUGUGGAAAGUGUCUGAGCUCGGCUUCGUCUCUGGACCGGCACAUGCUGGUCCACAGCGGGGAGCGGCCCUACAAGUGCACCGUCUGCGGCCAGACCUUCACCACCAACGGCAACAUGCACCGGCACAUGAAGAUCCAUGACAAAGACCCGGCCAGCGGCCUGGUGCCCCUCAGCAGCCCCCCGUCCCCCACCAAGCGCCGCCGUCCCUCCGUGAAGCGUCGCCAGGGCCUGGAGGACGACCCCGGAGACGAGCCGCCCGCCAAGAAGGUGACGGAGGAGGCGGGGGCGGACGAGUCGGCGGCGCUGCCUGGGGCGGAGGAGGAGCUGCUGCCGUGUCCCAUCUGCUUCAAGACCUGCAGCUCCAGACUGGACCUGGACGCCCACAUGGACACGCACCCGGACACCCUGCUGAGGUGUGAUCUCUGCUGCCUCUCUUUCCGGACUCACCGCGGACUGCUGCGGCACAACGCGGCGGUCCAUAAGCUCCUCCCCCAGGACCCCAGCGGCCGCCCCUUCAUCCAGAACAACCCCUCCAUCCCCACCGGCUUCAACGACCUGGCUUUCAUCGACUUCUCCUGCAAGAAGUUUGCUCACAUCGCUCAGGUGUGGUGUGAGACCAACCUGCGGCGCUGCAUCAGUAAGUUCCACCGCUUCGUCUGUGACUCCUGUGACAAGGCGUUCCCGCUGCGCUCCGCCCUGGACCUCCAUAAGACCGCCUCCCACUCAGACAGACCCGCUGAGGCCGCCGAGAGGCCGAAGGAGAACGGAGAGACGCGGGCCGACGAGGAACGUCAGGAAGCGGGGAAUCCGCCGUCGGAGCAGAGCGGCUUCCUGGAGGCCCUCGGCCUGCAGCACGUGUCCAAGGUGAAGUCCGGUCCGACCGACGACGAGAUCCAUCAGGCCCACCUGGACAGCAUCAAGGUGAUCCACGUGGAGCCUCCGUCCUUCAGCCUCCCCCAGGAGCCGGCCUCGGCCUUCCUGUCCGGCAGCCUGGGCGUGGCCCUGGGUCUGGGCGGCCUGGCGGCGCUCAGCAUCCCGCUGCUGGAGGCGUCCGGCUCCGCCCUACAGGGCCUGUCGCACCGGGACGCCCUCAGCCUGCUGUCGCUGCAGCCCUUCCAGGCCGGCUUCCUGCUGCAGCCGGAGGGGGGCGCCGCCACCGCUGGCGCCGCCUCCUCCAGCUGCAAACCAGGAGAGUCCGGCGGCUCCGGAGUCAUGGAGCUGGCCGACAUCCAGCAGAUCCUCAAGGUGGCCGCCGCCACGCCCAACCAGAUGGGGCUGCCGCCGCUGGCCAAGGCGCCGGGCUUCACAGGUCAGCUUACGGGUCAGAAGGCGAUGCCGCCGCUGAAGCCCAAGCCUCCCAUCAGCCCCCGCUCCAGCCUCAGCACCACCACCCCUCCGCCGCUGCAGAGCUCCCAGCAGGCCUCCCUGGGCUGCAUCAGCCCCAGCCUGCCUCCACCCACUCCCUCCAUCUUCAAGACGCCCUCCUCCUCGGCGGGAGGUGGGGCUCACAUGGAGGCCGAGUCGAUGGGCGACGCCAACACACCGCUGUCCGACUCGCCGCCCGCCGCCACCACGCCGCUCCAGGAGGAGGCGGGGCUAAGCGUCAGGAAGGCGGGAGGCAAAGCGGGGAGCGGCGCCGCCUCGGCUAAAGGCUCGUUCCCCUGCCGCUUCUGUGACCAGGUGUUCGCCCUCUCCGGCGCCCUGCAGGCCCACAUGCGCUUCCACCUCGGCAUCCUGCCCCACCAGUGCAACAUGUGCGACUACGUGGCGCCGGACAAGGCCACGCUGAUCCGCCACCUACGCACGCACAGCGGCGAGCGGCCGUACGUCUGCCGCAUGUGCCACUACCCCUUCACUGUCAAGGCCAACUGCGAGCGCCACCUCAGGAAGAAACACGCCAAGACGUCCAGGAAGGACAUCGAGAAGAACAUCAAGUACGUCACCUUCAGCAGCGGAGCCGGCAUCACCGCGGCGACCACCACGCAGGAGGCGGAGACGGGCUGCGAGACCACCUGCCGGUUCUGCGGCGAGGACCUGAAGACGUACCGCGCGCUGCAGAUCCACCUGCGCACGCACAACGGCUGCCAGAGGAAGCCGUUUGAGUGCCGGCGCUGUGGCGCCGCCUUCCUGGCCAAGCGGAACUGCAUCCACCACCUGCUGAAGCAGCACCCAGAGGUCCAGGAGCGCGAGAUCGAGGGCCACAUCACCACGCUGCUGCCGUCCACCUCCGCCGGCGCUGCGCUGAACGGCCUGGGAGCGGUGAAGGCGGAGGAGCUGCUGUACCCGGCGGAGCUCGACCAGCCGCUCGACUUCUCCGCCAAGGGGCGGGGCAGCCGGACGGCGUCUCCGGCCAUCAAGACGGAGAACGCCUCGCACGGCUUCGACGGCGCCGACCCGGACCAGCCCAUCGACCUGUCCAUCCCAAGCAAGCGUCAGCGCCGGGAAGCCGGCGGCGGCACGGAGCUGAAGACGGAGCAGAGCCCCACCAUGGAGCAGCAGCUCGCUGCGUCUCCAGAGGAGAAGGCUGCAAGCAGCGUUCUUCCUGUGCAAGCUCCGCCCCCGCCGGGCUGCUACCAGCUGCCUCCCGCCGCCGGCCGGGCGCAGCGCCUCAAACCGCUGCUGCCCAAGCCCUCCACCUCCUCGCCGCCCUCGGUGAAGGAUCUGGCGCCGCUGGCCUCCAUCGCUCAGAUCAUCAGCUCCGUGUCCGCAGCACAGGGAAUGCUGGACGGCGCCGCCCAGACCGCAGCGCCGUCCUCGCAGCUCGACGCUGGCGCCGAAGCCUCCGGACCCGCCGCCCUGGAUCCACCCAGCGAAGACGUGUCCGACGGAUCCUCCAGACGGCGGGCACGCAAGAAGCCGGCCGCUCUGGCGGCGAGGGAGAAGGCAGCGAGCGGCGGCAUCGACCUGGAAUCCAGCGGAGAGUUCGCCAGCGUGGAGAAGAUGCUCGCCACGACCGACGCCAACAAGUUCAGCACCUACCUGCAGACCGGGGCGGCCGAGCCGGCGAAGAGGCCUGAGACGGCGCCAGCGGCGAUGGAACGAGCCGCAGCCACCGUAGUGGAGGAGAGGGACGACAGGGCGAGUGAGGAGGGGAAGCCGGCGGCGGCCAUGACGGUUCCUCAGACUAAAGGAAAGAAGAACGCCUACUCCAACUCGGUGCAGAAGAUGACCUGCCCGUUCUGCCCGCGCGUGUUCCCCUGGAUGAGCUCGCUGCAGAGACACAUGCUAACGCACACAGGCCAGAAGCCGUUCCCGUGUCCGCGCUGCGACGCCUUCUUCUCCACCAAGUCCAACUGUGAGCGCCACCUGCUGCGCAAGCACGGCGUGACGCACCGGACGCUGCGGCGCAACGGGGCCAUCGUGAAGAAGGAGGGGGACGAUGGUUCGCACGAGAGCGCUGAGAGCCAAUCAGAAACGGAGCAGCUGCCACCAGAAACCAAGGACCUCGCCCCUGAAUCAGGCCCCGCCUCCACGGUCAACAGCCCCGCCCACUCUGACGUCACUCCGCUAAGCCCCACCCACAAAACAAGCCAAGGCUGCAGUCCACCUGCAGAGCAACAAGACACAGAAACCACUGAGCAGCCUGACCAACGGGGGGCGCCAGAGACCAAAGGAGCAGCAGCAAAACAGCCUCUGCAGAGCAGCAAGGCCGAGAACACGGACGACGACGACUGCCACAGCAACAAGAGUCUCGACCUGAACUUUGGCAAGAAGCUCAUCGACUUUAAGCUCUCCACUUCCUCCUCAAGCUCCGCCCCUCAAGAAGAGCCACGCCCCCCGUCUCCUUCAGCUGCGCCCCAGGACGCCUCGGAGAUCCCCGAAGACCAGGACAAGCCGGCGCCCUCCUCUUCCUCGGCCAGCAGCCCAGCAGGGAAGCAGCAGCCUGACUACAAACACGUCUGCCGGGUUUGUAUGAAGAGUUUCCGCUAUGCAACAACUCUGGCUCGCCACGAGAGGGCGCACCUCUCAGAGGAGGAGCAGACGGCGGCGGUGACAGAGGAAGAGGAGGGUCCUUCACCUACGAAGGAGGAGGAAGAGGAGAGCGGAGCUGCUGAGCCGGAGACGGAGGAGAAGGAGGCGGAGAUGGAGGAGGAUGAAGGAGGAGAGCGGGAAGGAGAGAGCGAUGGAGGCGAGAGCGGAGAGUCGGAGGAGGAGGAGAAGGAGAAGGAGGAGAGGAGCGACGAAGAGGCGUCAGAACCAAAGAACAACGAGGGAGGAAGGGUGGACAAGAGGAAGAAGAUCUGCACCGAGUGCGGGAAAAGAUUCUGGUCUCUGCAGGACCUGACCAGACACAUGAGGUCACACACAGGCGAGCGGCCCUACCAGUGCCAGACGUGCGAGCGGACCUUCACCCUGAAGCACAGCCUGGUCCGCCACCAGCGGAUCCACCUGCGGCCGCGAGGCGCCGACGGCGACGCCAGCGAGGACGGAGACUCCUGCGCCCCCACCCCCACCUCCACCUGCCCGCCGUCUGAGAACGAGAGCGAGUGCGGCAGCGGCGCUGCGGGGGCCAAGGAGCUGGAGGAGGAGGAGGACUCCAAGGAGGAGGUCGAAGGUCAGCGGGAGGGUUCUGGGUCGGCGGGGGAGGAAGACGUGGAGAAACGGUCCGACCCGGCCCCGCUGCCCUGCGCCGACCCCCACCAAGCUACUGAAUCAAAGACGAGCACCAGCACCGACUCACCCGCACCACCAGACGGCGCCAAAGAUCCCGCCAGCUGCCCACCAGGGGGCGCCGCGGCAGACGGCUUCAUUCAGGGGCUGCUGGAGAUCCACAGCAAGCCACCGCUGGAGCGCCGGCUGCCCAACGGAGAGCCCCCCCUGGUGGGCGUAGACUGAGGGACCCCAUCACCGCAGUGCCAUACGACCGAAGGACGACGACGACGAUGAUGCAAAAACCAGCGCGUAAAAUCUUCUCCCGAAAGACAGAACCUCGUUUUCUUGAAGUGCCUUACUACUAGUCCGACUUCUAAAGAUGUUUUUGUUGCUAUAUCUUUAUCUGCGUUAUUCCGGAGGAUGGAUCUAAAUUUUUAUAGCUUUUUAUGAUGACAGUGAUUUACUAUUUUUGUGCGGGAAAUCUAUAUUUCAGCAAUAAAAAGAUUAAAUGAUUACGAUUUAUUGUUCUAGAUUUGUGUUUUGAGAAUCGAUGAUCAACUUGGAGACGCGGACGGACUUGGGAACUGUUCGGGUCGAACCGGAGCGGCGACGGACUUCUGCUGCUCCGGUUUGAACAUCAUGUUUCAGAUUUAGACUGAAUAAAAUGGCGCCUGGCGAUGGGACUGAGGAAAACUGUUGUAACUGGAAACCUGCCGGUUUGACUCCCAUCUCUGCUGGCUCAUGGAAACCUUCAGACUGACCUGGGGGGGGCGCCGUCGUUCCUGGUUAAACCCAUCACACUACCCCCCCAGAGGCGUUUCUCUCAUCAUGAUUCUCCGUUGAUUCCAGGCCGCGCCGCUCGGCUCUCUGCAUGUUUGCAUUCAUAUUUAGGUGUGUUUGGGGGGGCUUCUGGUUUUGUGGAUUUUCUUUUUUUAACUGAACAAAUUGAACGUUUUUUGUGUGUUUUUCAGCGUGAAUGUGAGCGUGUCUCUGGCCUGUCUCUCAUCGUCGCCCCCUAGUGUUUGUUUUUAGGGUAACUCGCAGGGCCUCCGGCAUGCUAACAUGUAGCGGCACUAACACCUGUUCCAGGUUCAGUUUACCUCAACUUUUGCUUUUUAACUGAAGCUGUUAGCGCAGCUCCGGACGCAGCCCUGAAAAUCCAACGUCUUCCUCCCGGGUCGCCCGGUUAAACCGAGGCGGCCGCCGCUAGCGGGCGCUAAUGAGCGCUAACAGGCGCUAAUGAGCGCUAACUUGUCGAGUGUGGGCAAGGCGAUAUCGGAGGUGUUUCUGGGCUCAGACAGACGCUGUGUGUAGCUGACCCGCGGCCUUUCAGCUCCGUGUCAGAACGGGACGACACUAGAUCGGUGUAGCAUCAUCCAGACAAUCUGACCUUCAGCUCAGUUAAACCUGCAUUUACUCCCCUACAGUAUUAUCGUCUGUCUGGCGUUUUCCUGGGUCCUGUCCGGGUUUCAUCUCCUCUCUUAGGGUCCGCCUCGACGCGUAUUUCCUUUGGAAACGUCUGAACUUUACAGCUGACCCUAAAGGUCUUCAGCUGAGCAUUAGAGACAAUCAUUGGUUUCCAGAAGAGGAUAGGCGGAUAGGUUUAUAUAGAAUAAAACAGGUUGGUGUGAACACUAUUUGGUGUCCGAAACCUGCUGCACAUGUUCUAAAGGGCUAAACGUCCAUCAGCACCAACCUUAGCAGAGGGACGGUAGCCUGGCUGUCUCUUCUUUUCUUGCUUGUGUGUAGAAAACUUUGCUUCUUGAACAUUUUUCUUUUUUAAUAUUAGAUGACCUCAUAAGCAAAUCAAACCUCAGUGGCUUAUAUUGGAACUGUAAGGCGGUGAUGGUCGGUCGUUUAGCGGCUUCAUUAGAGACGAAUCAAGGAUUUUUAGAGAAGUGGAACCGCUCCGAUUGGCUCAUCGCUGCCCUGAACUGGCACUAACGUUUUCCAAACCUACUACUACCACCUCUUCUGUUCGUACUACUAACUACAGUCAGGAGAGAAAGGCUCGGCCUCUUUAGCCGCUUCUGUAACAAACAACUGGACUUUAUUACAUCAAAAACUUUUGUUAUUAAUUAUGUUCAACCAUUAAUCAGGUAUCUGAAACUUAAAAAAGCUCUUGAGUUAUAAUUUUCUACCUGAGGUUGCUAACACCAGCUACUCUUUAUGCUAAUAUUUAAAAAAAAGCUAAAUAAAAUCCAAAUUGGAUGUUUUUAGGUUGAUUUUUGAUUAAUUGAUGAUAAGAAAAUAGUUUGAUGGGUUUUAGUCAAGAUGCUACUCGGCUAACAGGCUAACAGGUCGCUGUUUUUAGUUUUCUGUCAGAUUUCAGUCAACCAUUCGAUCAGUUUUCCUUCCAUAAUGAUGAGCAGAUUCUGUUUGAUGAAAUUUACCAGUUGGAAUUAAUUUACCCAAACAUGUAACUUUGUUGAUGCUAGCAGUGCUAAGGGAUAAAAACUGUUUGAUUGGCUAAUGUUUCUUUUCCCUGAGUAGAAAGUUUUCUGAAUAAUGUCUGAAAUUUUUCCUUAUUUUCCGGAUUAUCGCAGAUUAAAAGAACUAAAAACUCAUUUGCUGAAACCCAAAGCAAGCUAGCUGAACUGUUACAAAACAAUAAAUCUUUGAGUUUAGGAAUGAAAUUCUGCCAUAUGGAUUUUUAUUACUUAUUUUUCUUUCCAAAACUAUUUUGCAGAGCGUUUUAAUUCUUAGUGAAUAUAGGACCUUGCUAACAGGCUAACUCCCCUUCCUGAUGCUAAGUAGUGAAAAAUUUCUGUAACUUUUAUUUUUAUCAGACAUUAAAUAAAAUUAUCACCAAAUUAUUUGCAAAAUGUGCCAAUUUGAGACUAAUUUUCACAAAUUUGCAAACAAAGUUAGCGCUAACGCUGAAGUGAAGCUAAUGCUAAACCUUAGCUUUAGUCUUUAGAAAACAACAAACCAUAUCUUAGUAAUUAAGUUGUGAAUAUAGUCCAUAAAUAUCUUUCUGUUUAAGCUGAACUGUAUUUUGAUGCUAACGGCCUUCAUUAGCUUCUGUUGUUAGCGUUAGCUGUGCCGGAGAAGAAUCGAUGCUUUUCUCAUGAAUUAAACUUCCUGCAGAGGUCGGUGAAGGAGCGGCCCUUUCUCUCUCGAUGGUUUCUGUCUUGUCUCUUCCUGUGUCCUCCCUGUCCUCAGGGGGUUUGUCUCCACGUCUGUCCCGUCUGCGUGUGCGGCCAUAUGAAUACUGGACUUCCAUUCGAAUGCACAUGGACUGUUUUUAUUGUAUUUAUUUGGAGCCCAGGCGUGUGUUUCUGUGUGUGAGUUUAAUUGUCUGCAAUGACUUGAGAAGAAGCCAUGUAUUAAAAUGUCACAUUUAUGCUGCAGAGUUGUUGAGGAUCUGGUGUUUCUGUUGUUGUGGCCCGACCGGUUUGCUCCAGGGCUCGGCAGGAGGGACUCGGACUAGCAAUAAGAAUCCAAAAGCUUUAUGUAGAUUUUCCUGUGUGUGAGUCGAGAACAGUCUGUCUGGGUCUGUUGGUUCUGUUUAUUUUUAGUUUUCUUCUAUGACAUAAAUGCAUAUAAAACUGUGAAAAUCUAUUGUGAUUAAUUAAAGGGUGAGUUUUAGGUUAGAUUUUUUUGCAUGUUAAUCUAAUUUGUUCAUUAUGGAUGAUUUCUCCUUUCUCCAUCACUUCUUGUGCUACACACACAUAUAUAAAAAUAUCAAAAUCUAUAUAAUCUCGCUCUCAGGGUCUUUCACAAAUCCAUGAUUUGAAAUGCUUCUUGUUUUCCUCCUGAGUCGCAGCUUGUCCAGAUUCCUUUGUCUUUUUUAAAGAUGACAUCAUGAUUCAGAUCUGUCAAUCACUACAUUUAGCACUUGACUGUGAACUCGUCGUUACCAGACACAGAAAAUGUGGUUCGAUUUUUGGUCUCCAAACUCUCUGAUCUGAAGCCUUUUCUGUUUUAUUUAAUGAGUUUUUCUUUGUGUACUGGACCUCAAUCACAAAGCAUUAUAAAAACACAGUCUGGAUCUUUUUCUGUCCCCUGCUGUUAGCAACAUGACAGUGUUUCACAGAGUCUAGAGAUGUAAGCCUCCUCUGUAUUCAACCCAAUAAGAAAAAGCAAUAAAGAUUAUGUAAAG